UUACCCAGUUUUUAUUAGUGACAGUCCGUUAAUCCCCAUUCGCAACUCUUUCUUUCUUUUUUUUUGGGGGGGGUGACAUUUAUUUCCCCCCACCCCGUUCUUAAAAGAGGGAGAUUGGGGAAGAAGUUGUAGGAAACUCUUAGGUGACAGCCAGUGACCCUUCUUGAGGAAAGAUCCUUCUCCCCCACCCUAAUUUUUAAGUUGAAUCCCAUGAGGAAUUGAACCCCCUUUUCUGUUGGGGAGGAGUGAUCCUGAGUUGAAAGGAUACUUGCCUCUUUUUUUUGUGUGGACGGGUUAGCGAUUCCUCCUGCUAGAAAUUGUGACGGGGAAUUAAGUCAAAGAGUAUUACAUUAAGCAGAGGUGUCUCCCUUAAUCGACUUCUCUCUUCCCCCUCCCCUUUUCCCCCAAUUUAGAAACUCUUCUGAGAAGGGAAGACCCUUACCUCUUCUUCCCUUGUGGUGGUGUUAUUUUUUCGCUUCUGUUGCCCCUUCUGUUAGGGUCAGAUUUUCUCUUCCUCACCCCACUUGCCUUUGCAGAGAGCUAUCACCCUUUAAGUAGCCCUCAUUAGUUGCCACCGUUUGGGGGAAAUUGUUAUAGCUGCCUCCCAAUCCCAAUUGGCACUUGUUUUUCUUUUAGCGCCUAAGUUGUCUCUGGCUGAGAAGGGACCAGCUACUUUCUGUCCCUUAACAUUUUUUCCCUUCUGGGUUGAAUGCAUGGGAGACGAGGCAUCUCCCAUACUACAGAUUUCCCUUCCACCCCUUCUCCUGUAGAGAGAGGAGGCUCCACAUAAGGACUCCCUAAUUUUGUGGGUGCCAAUCUUGUCAAGAGGAAGAUACUUGGGGAUUAUUGAAGCUCUUCAAAAGAAAGAGGAUUUGGGAGGAAAGGGUCUACUUUCUCCCCCCCCCCAAGUUAAUAUUCUCCCCACUUGUUUGACAGGCAUCUUGGUCUCUUGUGGGAACGGUACAAUUACCUGUCAAGGGAAAAUCUCCCAAUUCCUUUUUUUUUCCUUUUCCCAACUCAUGUGCCAAGGAUAUCUUUCCCUUGACUCCCUGGGCUUGUGAACAUCACAUUGCAUUUCCUUAUUUAGAUCGGAAGGCCACAUAAACAGAACGGGGGGUGUGUGUGUGUGUGUCUGUUCAGAAAGGGACUUAAUUACUCUCAGCAAGAUCGGUCAGGAGUCUGGCACUAAUGGGAUCAAUCUGUUCUGAGUGAUGCCUUCAAAAGCCUGGUGUUGCUGCAGAAUAGCUUGAAGGUAGAGGGGUGCCCCAAAGCAGAAUGAUUAGAGGCUUCCCCUCUUUUUUCAAGACAGUUGCUUAAGCUGGAUGAAUUGUGUAAGCUUAAACUUGCGUCAGGAGAGCUUGCUCAAGCACCAUCCCCUCCUCUCUCUCUUUUUUUUUGUGGGUGCUUAGUUCUGGGAGACUUGAAUAGGGUUUGAGCUGCCUGCCUGCCUGCCUGCCUACCUACCUUAAUACCUGAAGCAGUGGGGUGACACAUCAUGUGUCAGGUAGACCCCAAGUGGUUGAAGGAUGCCCCUGGUAGAACCUACUAGACACGGAAGGCCUCAAUCCUUUGUCAAGGGCGGAAGAGAAGCAGUUGAAAUCAGUAUUGAAAAUUCCUUUAAAAAGACUUGGUUCCAGCUUCCGAACGGCUGAGAGGACUCUCAUCGGAGGUCGUACCUGGGUGGCGAGAGUGGUCAAAGCCGAGGGGUGGGUUUGGGCUCCUUGAUUCUUCACCUCACAGUUUGGAAACAGGAGCUGCCAUGCCUUGUUAGCGAUGGAACACCCUCCGAGAGACUAGCUUUCUGUUUCCAAACGCAGGAAGUAUUCUUGAAGAUGACUUAGGUCCUCAAGGAAGGGGGGGAAAUACCUUGGACUUCCUCAGGAGAACAUUACCUGAUGUGAAAGACUUGGAGCAGCAAAAACGAGAUAUUUUUUUUUAAAGAGAAGUUAAAGCUGACUGUAAAUCAACUUUGUUGCUUUCCCCCAUCCACAUUGCUUAAGAAAAGCUCUAUAAGUAUUGGAACGAGGUGCUGGAUCUCUGUAGGGCCCUCGUGGGCCUGAGAGAAAAGUUCUCAUAGGCUUUUAUUUUUCAUUUGUAAGUUAAAACGUUUGUACAAUCUUUUUGGGAAUUCUCGAUUUACCUCCGCUGAACAUCCUCCUUCCCCACCCCAAAAAAGUUGGGAGUAAAAAGGGAGCAUCCGAUACACCAGGAAAGUGGAUUUUUAAACCUUUGGCGUGCGCACACACUUGUCGUCGUGGAACGCAAACAGGCUUGGGUCAUUUCGAUUCGCGAUGGAGGACUCCCAGCAGCUGGGGAUGUUUGUCGAAAGCGAACUGAUCUCGGUGGGCAUGGAUACUUUCAUCCACCGCAUAGACUCUACGGAAGUGAUCUACCAGCCCCGCCGGAAAAGGGCGAAGCUCAUAGGCAAGUACCUGAUGGGGGACCUGCUUGGGGAAGGAUCCUACGGCAAAGUCAAGGAGAUGCUGGACUCCGAAACCCUCUGUAGGAGAGCUGUCAAGAUCCUGAAGAAGAAGAAGCUGCGGAGGAUCCCCAAUGGGGAGGCCAAUGUUAAAAAGGAAAUUCAGCUCCUUCGGCGGCUGCGGCACAAGAACGUCAUCCAGCUGGUGGACGUCUUGUACAACGAAGAGAAGCAGAAGAUGUAUAUGGUGAUGGAAUACUGCGUGUGUGGGAUGCAGGAGAUGUUGGACAGCGUCCCUGACAAAAAGUUCCCCGUCUUUCAAGCGCAUGGGUACUUCUGCCAGCUUAUCGACGGCUUAGAAUACCUGCACAGCCAAGGGAUCGUCCACAAGGAUAUCAAACCAGGAAACCUCCUGCUCACGACCAAUGGGACGCUGAAGAUUUCGGAUCUGGGCGUGGCAGAGGCGUUGCACCCGUUCGCAGAGGACGACAUGUGCCGAACGAGCCAGGGCUCGCCGGCUUUCCAGCCCCCGGAAAUCGCUAACGGCCUGGACACCUUCUCCGGCUUCAAAGUGGACAUCUGGUCGGCUGGCGUCACGCUAUACAACAUUACGACCGGCCUUUAUCCCUUCGAGGGCGAUAAUAUUUAUAAGUUAUUUGAAAACAUUGGGAAAGGGGAGUACACGAUUCCUGAGGACUGCGGCCCUUUGCUUUCAGAUCUGCUUAGAGGAAUGCUUGAAUACGAACCAGCCAAGAGGUUUUCGAUACAACAGAUAAGACACCACAACUGGUUUCGGAAAAAACACGCGCAGGCCGACCCUCUGGUCCCCAUCCCGCCCAGCCCGGAGACGAAGGACCGAUGGCGGAGUAUGACGGUGGUGCCUUACCUGGAAGACCUGCACGGCUACAACGAAGAGGAGGACGACGACGACUUGAAAGAUGACUACUUGGAGGACGAGAUCAUCUACACUCAGGACUUCACCGUGCCAGGACAGGUGCCUGACGAGGAAGCGAGGCAGAACGGGCAGAGCCGCUGCAGCCGGGGCCUCCCCAAGCCGGUCUGCAUGAACGGGACGGAGCCAGCCCAGCUCGGCGGGAAGACGAAGGCCGAGCGGAGGGCCAGCGCCUCGUCCAACCCUUCGCGCAAAGCCUCGUCUUCCACCAGCAGCAAGAUUCGGAAGCUCUCCACUUGCAAGCAGCAAUGACAGCCGGAGCAUCGCCCAUCGCAGCCAGAGCCCCGAAUUACUGCGCUUGGCAGCCGCCGUAUCCCCUCCUCGGCUCUCUGUGCAUCUCCCCCCCCCGGCCAUUCCCUUGCCCGCCCCCCAGGCCGGCAUCCCUGGUAGCCGACCCCCAGUAGACCCCCGCUUGCAAUCCAAAAAGAGAGAGAGCCAAGAAACGGGAAGAGAAACACCUUUUUGUAAAGAAAAUAAAAGACGCAAUCUUCUUUAUUUGGGGAGGGGGGCAGAAGAAGAAGACACCCGACGCCGGUUCAGCAAAUCCUGCUUUUUUUAGACUGAGAAGAAGAAAAAGCCUGGCUGUGCUUCACCUCCCGAAAUCCUGUCUGUGUGGCCGUCCGGAUUCCCACGACUUGUUUGGGGGGGGUGUUUUGAAGUGGGAGGGGGCUGCUCCUGGUUGGGGGGGGCUUUUUGAGAUGGGGGGGGCGAGUUCCCUCCAGGACUUGGCACAUCUCGCCUCCCGCCACUCCUCCUCGUGUUAGAAUUUUUGAAAGCCAUCGACACGCACUUUAUGUAGUAGACUACUGUUAUAUAAUAUAUAUAUUAUAUAUUAUAUUUUUUUUCCUCCCCUACCCCUUCUUUUUCUUUCUUUCUUUUCGGCCCCCUCCUCCCUCUCUUCCCCCUCCCUCUUUUUUUUGGGGGGGGGGGCGGUUUAUAUUUGCAGUUAUCUUUAGAGAACUUCCUUGCACAUUUGUGACCGUAUCUGAAAUAAAUGAGAAGAGCUGGGGAGGGGAACGUCGCGGCCUGCAAAAAUUGAGGGGGGGGGAGAGAAGAGAGGUUCAGAAAAUGGGGAGGGGGUGUCAUGGGGAGGGGAAAACCCGGUAUUUAAAACGUCAACAGAAAAUCACCACACUAUUAAAACGAAAAUAAAAAAAUCUGCAUGCUGUUUAUAAGGGCUGGAGCAAAGGGAAGUGAGUGCUUUUUUCUUUCUUUCUUUCCUUUUUUUCUUUUUUUUUAAAGAAAAUAAAAGUCAAAAUGGA